ACCGAGGAAAAUCGGUAAUCGCUUUUCCAGUCUUUAGUUCGCUCAACUUAAAAACGGUGGAAAUUUGUAGAAAAAUGUUCAAUUUGCUUGCUAGCUAUCGAAAUUUGAUAGUGAAUUAAUUGCUACAUCAGUGGAGCACAUUGAAUUGCCGUUGGGAAGUGGAUUUUUCGGUUUUCAGCACGUUUUUCUGUUCGUUCGGAUCAUCAUUAGUGCAGUUGAGCAAAAGGGAAAAAACCACCCCCACCCACUCACAUUUUCCCAUAUCGCGCACACAUCGUCGUUGCUGGCCGCGGGAGGAUGGAAUCAUAACGGGUGGUUGGAUGUAAAUAAACAACAACAAGCUGCUUUUGAUCUUUGUCCCACGCGACGUGCGAAAAAGGAGUCUGGUUUUUCGGUUUAUAAUCGACUUUAUGGUCGUUUGAUUCGCCGCCCUAUAACAAGAUCUUGUUAGGAUUGUUUUGGCGCUUCAUGAUGGCAUGUUAGAUUAUUUUUAGAUCAUAUACAUGCUAGGCAAGAAGCAUGAUACGGCGCUACAUCUGUUUCGUGGACGAAACGUAGAUCCGCUGCUUGUUUGUUUUGAAAACAAUGGCUAAUCACAUGCGCCCUGAAUCUAAUCUUACGUUCUUGCUGAGGCUCAACAAGUCUCAUAGUCGUUGUUGUUGUGUCGGGUGUGGUUGUAAAAUGCCGGGGAAAUUCCUGUCUACUAGCGAGCAACGUGAUUCAAAAGCAAGUUUCCGACAAGUGAAAUUGGCUCCUUUCGUUCGUGCAAUAAGAGAGGAAUCCCGCAACAUUCUGAUCUCGAAUCAUCGUACACUAUAUACUAUAGAUUAAGGGUUACAAUCGUACUGCAGUUGAGAAAGAAAAAUGGAGAAACAGGAAACACCUAAACAGAGUAAAAAUAAACGACCCUUUUUGGGGUUGCUGUCGAAGCGAUCAUCUAAAGUCGAGCCACAGCGCUGCACCGAAAGCGAAGAUGAGCUGGACUAUUCAAAUGAACAUCAAACAAGUGGUGGUGUAAGUUCGACACUCAAACCAUCUGGCCACAGCCGGGAACCGUCUGGAAGUUUCAAUUUGUAUCAGCAAUCAGCAUCGCAAAAUUCGCAGGACACUGUAAUAGUGAACAUAUGUAAUCAUCCUCCUACACCGGCAACAGAAGCUUCGCAACAUCGGCAGGACUCCAACCAGAGCGAUACCAAUUCGUACCACUUGCUAUCGACCUCUUCUACAACGACGACGACGUCCUCGAUGGAACCGGCUUCUUCGAAGACCAACACCAGCAAUACGUCUUCGUCGUCGCAGACUAAACCUUUUGGAAAAUUCAUUGCGAAAGAAUCACGUCCAAACAAUGUCGGCCGAAUCACGACAAAUCGACUCAGUGGUCAGUUCAAUCUUUGUUGUUCGGUAGAUGAACAGUUGCUCAAAUCGCCGAAAAAGAAUCGUUACUCCGAUGGAUUUAGCCCGGCUGAAGAUCAUCUUAUCCAGUAUCAGCAGUCUCCUCAGCGAAGGCAGCUUCUAAAGUUGGACCUGAAACCGGGGCCGAUGAGUACCGCAAAUGGAACUGGAGCAGAAGCUGGCAGCUCGGCUCAUACCGAGAGUGGAAGCAGUGGCAGUCACACCACAUUGAUAGAGAACAAAAUUGUUACUAAACCUGUUGUAUUCCGAGAGUAUCAGAACCACACGCAACGUGCAAUUAUGAGCAGCAAAUCUCGUUUCAAAGAUCGAUUCCUUCCGCCAAUGCCAAAGUUGGAAGGUUAUGAAAAAAUGGAACAACAUUAUAGCUCACCAAAUAUAGCUGAAAAGGAGGAACCACCCGGAUCGGAACGCAAGGACAGCCGAAAAUCGAUGUCUUUCGACACAGUUACAACGGUAAACGAGGCCGAUUCGACCUUGGUGCACCCAAACAGUGCCGAUUCCCUAGCUAGACAAGCACUGAUGGCGGCGCACGUUUUAAAUCUCAUACCCGUAGACCGGGCUCGACAAAGGAAUUUCCUUCAAGGUAGACUUGGGAUAACAUCCCUGCUAGGGGCUUCAGAACUGGAAAAAGCUCUUCCUGCUCGCGAAAUUACCAUAUUCGUUGGCUCCUGGAAUAUGAACGGUCAAAGUCCUCCGAAACAGAUGAAUGAUUUCGUUCUACCAACUGCACUGGAACAUGUGCCAGACAUAAUAGUAUUCGGUACCCAAGAAUCCUGCUCUGAAAGGUUCGAAUGGGAAGUAACUCUCCAGGAGACAAUCGGUCCGACGCACAUUCUGCUGCACUCAACUAGUCUAGGAACACUCCAUUUGGCAGUCUUCAUUCGGCGAGACUUAAUAUGGUUCUGUUCGGAACCGGAGGAAGCCUCGCUUUCGGUACGACCUGGUACCGCAUUCCGUACCAAAGGCGCCGUAGCCAUCUCUUUCUGUCUGUUCGGUACAUCAUUCCUAUUCGUCACAUCUCACCUCACCGCUCAUCAGCAGAAAGUGAAAGAGCGUGUUUCAGAUGUGAAAAAAAUUACUCACGCUCUAGAUCUGCCGCGUAAUCUGACCAUCAAGCAUCGCAACAAAGAUGUGACGCAAAAUUUCGAUAGUGUUUUCUGGUGCGGGGAUUUGAAUUUCCGGUUGAGUGAACCUCGCGACAAACUGAUGGAGUGGAUUGAAUCUACCAAGUUUCCGCUGCCGGAACAUUUGCCACAUGGGCUGAUGCAUACGGACCAGUUGACUAGUGUGUUGGCAGAUGGUGCCGCGUUCAAGGGAUUUCGGGAGGCAAAGAUUACGUUUCCACCGACGUACAAGUACGAUCCAGGUACGCAGCGAUUCGACACCUCGAGCAAGCAGCGCGCUCCCGCUUACACCGAUCGGAUCCUGUACAAAUACAAAGCACCCACGCUGGUGACGUCGGUUGUCCAGCGACGUACCAGUAAUGCCGCCGCCAAUCCUCCGGCCGCACCGGUUAGCUGUUUGGCAUACGAUUCGGUCCAGAGCAUAACCACUUCGGACCACAAACCGGUGUGGGCACUGUUCCGCAACAGCAUUCGACCCGGAAUCGAUACGAUUCCAUUGGCAGCAGGUUUGUUCAACCGAGAAGUCUAUUUAGAAGGGAUGAAACGCAGAUUGGACAGCUCGGGAUCUAGCUCAUCGGCUGUUUGUAGUAUUCAAUGAUGUUAGUGGAAAACCGUAAUGUGAUAAGCGAAUCAGCACACAGGUAAUAUCUUCUAGUCCAUUGAUCUAGUCACUAAAAUAAAUAUUGAAAAACAAAACUUUCGCUGGAACUUGAGUGUGCGAAUUAUGAAGUACUCUCUUCCUCUUAGAAGGGUAACUAUAUUAUUUUCCAGCAAAGCGAUUAGAGUAGCAACUUCGAUAGGCGAAAUAGUAAUUAGAAUAGUCUUUUUUUGGGAUCUGAUGUCCUUCAAACGUUUUGGAUCCUAAAUGUAACUGAGUAGCGAUGUAAAAUCGGACAGCUUUCUUUAAGAUUAUGUAAUAAUAAAAAACAACCUCAAAGGAUUGUUCGAAUCGGCAACACGUUCUAGUCAGCGAAAAUAAGCGCGUGAUUUAUGAUUGAGUAGUAUCUACAAUAGUUUAGGCUAUGAAUAUUUAUGUGAUCUUAUCAAGCAAUACCGCUCACAUAUCGACCUGCUAUACAUUCGCGUCAUAUAGAUUCUAGUAAUCCGAACGUGGCGAAGCAAUUGAAUCCAUCAACUGAAAUGGAGUUCCUUUAAGUAUGUUUGGCUAGAAUAACAAAAGCAUAGGGUGGCACAUGUUGAAUACGAUGGAGCACACCUCAAUAAAAGACAGCUACAGAACAUUCUCGAAUCAAAACGUUAUAACCACGACCCGUACCUUGAACAUCGAUCAGUCAGAAGCUGAUACGUGUACUGAAAACGUAGGAAAAGUAAAUCUUCACCACCAGAAUAAACUAUUCACUGUUUUCCGUCUACCUCUCGUGGUGAGUAGUUGUAGUAUGGAUAGCAGUAGACUAAUAGAUUCAACCAAUUGUAAGGAAUAAUCUCUACUCAGAUAAAAACAUAAUACCUUCAAAGGUAGCUCAUAGGAGUCAAAAAAGAAAAAAAAGAAAUCGAGUUGUUCGAAGCGCAAUUCUCAUACUAAGUACAGUUAAGUAUAAAUCAAACACCUUUUCCUCUUUCAUCGAGACUGACCGGAUUUGGCCUUAUAGUAGGAAACAAAUUGGAAGACAUCAUACAACACACCGUACUCUCUCUAUAGCCUUACCGUUUAGCAGUAUACCUAGUAGAAGACAGAACACUGGCCGCGAUUUUCACUCACUUAUUCAACUUACUCCCAAAACAAAGAAGCAAACAAGUCGAUGCCUUUAGAAAGGAGAACCGAUCUCGGGAUCCACUUAAUGACUCAUUCCAGUGCGUAUGGUUUGUUCUCGAAAUCAAGUAGUUUUUACAAAUUUUAUUUUUGCUAGAAAACCAAAACGAACUAUAUACUCCUUGUAAUGUCUUGUUACUUUGGGUUUAUGUCUUGUUUUUGUGUUAACCACAUACGAACUUUCAGCUGUGAAUAAAUUCCAUUUUC